AUGAAUCUACUCAGCGACAAGAGACACAGGUUGACUAACUGGCUGGCUGGCUCAUGCAUUUCAUUCAUUCCAACAGAGGGGGCGGAGCUCAAGGAGGCCAUCAAGCGCCAGGUGGAGUUCUACUUCUCGCGCGCCAACCUGGCCAACGACGCGUACCUCGUGUCGCAGAUGAACUCGCAGAUGUACGUGCCCGUGGAGGUCAUCAUCAACUUCUCCAAGAUCAAGCAGCUCACGGACGACGCCGCGCUGCUCGUCGAGGCCGUGCAGGACUCCACGAUCUGCUCGCUGAACUCGGCCAAGGACGCCAUCAAGCCCAACAUCAAAUCUGAGCGCACCACCAUCAUCCUGCGCGAGAUCCCGUCGUCCACCAAGCCCGAGGAGGUGGAGGCCAUUUUCGACGGCUGCGGCAAGGUCGCCAGCGUGCGCAGCGACGUGGGCGACACGUGGUUCGUGACCAUGAACACGGAGGCCGAGGCCGUGAGCACGCUGCUGGCGCUGCGCAGCAAGACGUUCAACGGCGCCGCCAUCAAGGCGCGCCUCAAAUCCGAGAACGUGCUCAAGUCCUUCUACCCCUCACAGCCGGCGGAGAACGUCAUCGCCCCCAGCGUCGGCGCGCCCUACGGUGGCCGCGGCUACUACGCCUCGCCCAACAUGGGCUACUACGACAACUACGGCGUCCAAUACAACACAGUGAACCCGCGCGCGGGCCAGCACCACAACUACAACAACAAUAACGGCGAGAUCGGCCGGUAUGCCGGCAACAACCAGCGUGGUGGCGCUGCCGCCGGCCGUGGCCAGGGCCGUCAGAACCGUGCAAACGGCGCAGGCGCGCAUCAGCAGAAGGACGCGCGCGCCAAGAGCGGCAGCUUUGAGCAGCGCGCACCGGGCAGCUCGCGUAAGAACAAGAACAAGGGAGCCAAAGCUGCGGCCCAGCAGCAGCAGGCGAACGGCAGCAACAACGGCAAGAAGGCCGCUGCUGCGGCCCCUGCCGAACGUCAGCCUGUGCUGAACGCGGCCAACUUCCCGCCCCUCCCCACGGCUCUGGAGAAGGCUGAGACGUCGAAUGUGAUUACCUACAAGUACGCUCACGAGGACAUUAUGGAGAUCGUUAAGAACAUGGACGAGAAGGACUGCAUGCUGCCGGAGGGUAAGAUGGACUACGCUGUGCACCCGGCGGCGCUUACGGCCGAGGCCCACCCGGACCUGCUGCGCAACCAGCGUACGUACAGUAUUGAGCAGGCUCGUGACGCCAUGCGCCAGGGACGACCGAUCCGCAGUGACUCCGUUGGAUCUAUCGACUACGAAAGCAUGAUGUACGGCGAAGACUACACGAAGGAGGCUCGCGAGCAGCGCAAGCAGAAGGCGGAGAGCGCCCCAGCCGCCGCCGCCGCUGACGCUGCUUCUGCUGCCAAGCCGGCUGCUGCGCCUGCAUCAUCUAAGACUAGCGUUGUUCCGGCCAAGGUUGUCGGCUACGCUGCGGCCGUGAUCAACGGAACCCCGGCCACGGCCCCUGAGCCCAAGAAGAAGCAGUCUGCUGCGAAGCCUACCUCGAAGACUGCCUCCAAGGAGGAUAAGAAGCCCGCUGCCAAGAAGGCGGCUAAGACUGCAGAGAGCGCGCCGAAGACGGCUGCUGCCCCGGCGGUGGACGAGUCGCUGCCCAAGGCUGGUGCUUGGGGUGGUCGUAACUUCCUCGAUGUGGUAAAGGCCGACCCGCCUGCUGCACCUGUGAAGGCGACGCCAGCAGCUCCCGCGAGCGAAAGCGAGAGCAAGUAGAUGACUGGCGCAUUGGCGAGGAGGCAGGAGGCUGAGGUGAUGCGUGGUGGUUAGGCGAGGAAGCACUCGUCCGACCUGGGUCUUGGUCUAGUGGCGGCGCGCCUCGAGGCUGUAGAGGCGGCUGGCUGGUUGGUGGUGUGGCGAGCGGGUCCGUGGUUACAGCUUCGG